UGUUGUUCCGUCAGCCACGGAGCAAGCGAGAGCCCCGACCGAGCGAAAACUCUCACGUUGCAACUUUGUGUCUGAGAAGUAAAGAGUGUGCGUGCUGCGUGUGCGUGUGUUGACCCCCUUCAAAAAAAAAGAAGAUGGCAGACUACAGGGACGACACCGGAGCCCGGGCUCUGCUGGCCCUCCAGUCGGCUCCGUGCAGCCCGGUGCGGGUGUCGGUGACCUCUCACUACCCGCCGUCGCUGGCCCUGCUGCCGGCCGCCCCCGCGCCGGGAGCCCGCGGCGAGGCGCGCCUGCUGCCGGCGCGGCUGCUCGCGGCGACCCCUCCGCAGGCCCUGGCCCGGCUGGAGGGCCGGGACUUUGAGUUUGUCAUGCGGCAGAGGACGGUCACCAUAGGCCGGAACUCGUCCCACGGCUCGGUGGACAUCAACAUGGGCCACUCCAGCUUCAUCUCGCGGCGACACCUGCAGAUCGGCUACGACGGCGAGGCGGGCGGGUUCUCGCUGCGCUGCCUGGGCAAGAACGGCGUGUUCGUAGACGGCGUGUUCCAGCGGAGAGGAGCGCCGCCGCUGCAGCUGCCUCGGGAGUGCGUGUUUCGUUUUCCCAGUACCGUAAUCAAGAUCCAGUUCAUGUCGCUCAUGGAUAUUGAAGAGCACAGAGAAAUGGAGCAGCCCUCUCCUCCUCCUCGCCCACUUCUGCCCCACAUCUCCCCUCUUAAAAUCAGCAUUCCCACCGCGCAGCAGCAUGAAGACCACAUCAGGGCGUUUGGCUCGCCGCUGCCAUCGCCCACCGGCACCAUCAGUGUUCCCACCUCCUGUCCAGCCAGUCCACGAGGGGCAGGGUCAUCAGGGUAUCGCUAUGGACGUAACGUGACCUCUGACCUCCAGUUAGCAGCCGAAUAUGCAGCCAAGGCUGUAUCUGAACAGAGGCGAACUCUCGUUGAGCACAGAGGUGGAGGAGGCGAGCAACGAGGGGAGUCGGCAGGAGGAGACAGCCCCAAGGAUGAGUCAAAACCUCCUUAUUCCUAUGCACAGUUGAUAGUCCAGGCUAUCUCUUCGGCCCCAGACAAGCAGCUGACUCUCAGUGGCAUCUAUGCCCACAUCACUAAACACUACCCCUACUAUCGCACUGCAGACAAGGGCUGGCAGAACUCAAUCAGACACAAUCUGUCUCUAAACCGGUACUUUCUGAAAGUGCCCCGCUCCCAGGAUGAGCCUGGGAAAGGAAGUUUCUGGCGUUUGGAUUCGGCCUCUGAAGCCAAGUUGGUGGAGCAGGCCUUCAGGAAAAGACGGCAAAGAGGGGUGGCUUGCUUCAGGACACCGUUUGGACCUCUGUCUUCAAGAAGUGCUCCUGCAUCCCCCACCCACCAGGGACUUCUUUCUCCAACAUCCAGCGGGCUGCAGACUCCUGAAUGCCUGAGCAGGGAGGGCUCUCCUAUCCCUCACGACCAUCACGAACAGCUGGUUAACAAACUGGCAGCUGUGCCAGAGUAUAGGUAUUCUCAGAGUGCCCCAGGUUCUCCAGUCAGUGCUCAGCCUGUCAUCAUGGCGGCUCCUCCACAUCCAACAGUUCUGAACUCAGGCCCGGGGAAAACCCUCGCUUUAGUUCCAGGUGGCAUCGGCCAAGUCCAGCCCAUCCAUGUGCUUCAAAACGCCCCUCAGUCCACCGUCACCAUGGUGCGGGUGGUUACCAGCACCGCUCUGCCUUCCAACCCCACAAAUGGGUACAGCGCCCUCGCUGUUGGAGGACUCGAGGGCAACAAUGACGUCAGAGAUGCCCAGCUGAGCAGAGAGCGUGUGAUCCAGACUGUUGACAGUGCAGUGCAGGGUGUUGAAGGACGUCACCUGACCCCAGGUUUGCACCAACUUCCUGUUCGCGCCAUUACCCAGAAUGGCAAACACACCACUGCUGCAAUUUCUAUCUCCACCAGUCUGUCAUCUGGCAUGAAUAGUCCUCUGCAGAUCCUGGCUGCACAGGCCUCCAGCUCUCCUCCGGUUCUGGUGAACAGACAGCCCAAUGCAGACACUUCACCUGAGCAAACAGGUGAGCCCCAGCCCAAAAGACCGAAGAUGGAGGACGAGGGCGGGAUGGAGCCCGCUCAGCAUCAAGUCAUACCUGCUCAGCAGCCCGUCAUUGUUGCCAUGACUUCACAAACCCACGACCCAAGGCAAUAAAGUCAAGGACCUCUUACUAGGUAUCCAAUGGACAGCCUCUCUGUCGUACCCUCCGUGCUCCCGUUUUACACAAAUCUGAAACGACUAUGGCUGACAUGGUCCGAAAAAAAAAAAGAAAAAGAAAAAGCAGACUGUCUCUCCGAAGGGAAUUAAAUUGUCAAUAUGUAUUUUGGCUAAAAUGAAAUGAAAUCUUUAAGCAAGGUCUUAAUUUAAAGGAGAAAAUUUAGUAAAUCGGCUUCAGCCUUUUUCCUCGUGCAUUCUAUUUAAAUAACAAUUAAACUUCAAAUUCAAAUUUCAGUCCAACACACGACUGUUGGUUAAAUGUCAGAUGCAACCUUUUGUUGAUGGAUGGAUCACUUUCAGGCCAAAGACCUUUACUCUUUGUUGGAUUUGAGUUUCUUCCUCAUUUGAAAGGAAUAUGAGCUCAGAUUUCAGAGGCCUGUGGAAGCUGUGAUAACUGCUCGAUGUAACAGUCAUGGAAAGAACAGCUGAGAGGAGGUGGCAGCGCAAUACCAGCCAGGCCUACGAGGCCUGGGAGACUGUUAUGAAUGCGAUUGUAUUUUUCAAAAACACAUUCUUGGAUGGUAAAAUGAGACAAAAGAAAUAAAACAUCUCGUCUCAGAAAAGACAAGACAUUGAUAUCAAUUCCAAGACCUGAAUGUUAAGACAUUUUUUUUGCCUUCUCUGUGAAGCACAAAAAGAAAACCAUAUUAUUAUGUUUUGUUGUUGUUGUUUUGUUUUUUUUUUCUUUCUUUUUUUUCUAAACUAACAGAUAUUAGGACAUCCAGGAACGACAGACCAGAAGUUGGCAGUUUUCCGCUUCACUUCAGCUCAGCUACCACUGUGAAGCUCCUCAGAUUCAGGGCCAUCUGAGCAAAAGGACAGCAGAGAGGUCAAAAAGAGGCAACUAUGUAGAGUUGACUGAAGUGGAGCUAACCUAAUGUAGACAAACUGAUUGUUCUCAUUUGUUUUCUUGUUUCAGUAGUGGUGUAAGAAAAAGUGAAACAGCCUGUGCGAACAGUUUGUUUAAGCACAGGAAAGCAUUAUUAUAAUAAUCCUAAAAGCCUUAAAUAUUUUUACUUUUUUUUUGUCAUUUUAUUUUGACCUUUAGGCAGUUUUACAGUUUUAGAAUAACAUAGCGCUUUAACAGCACGAGAUCAGCGACACUACAAUGGUGACAGUUAUGCUGCAUCAGUGGACGUAUCAGUUUUAUCAAUGGAAGAGCGGGACCAACUCAUGACCACAAAUUUCAACUCUGCUCUUAUCUUUUUUCAUUCUAUAUGGUACUUAAAUCAUAUUCUCUGCUCUCAUCUUACCUCUGUUUUGCUUUCACAUUUCUUUCUAUCUUUUUUUUUCUCCAACAGUCUACCGCUAGUCUCCAUCUCUGCAGUCUCUCCUCAGAGGCGUCAAAUCUGUCGGCGCAUCCUGCCACAGAGCCCGCCUAAAUUAGAUCUUCCUUAGCACUUUUCUCCCCCGCUCUGUUCUCUCAUUCUGCCUUUAGCAUUUCUGAAUGUUCUCACUCAGGCUUCGUUUUUAGCUGAUAAUCAGGCACAAAUUUUCAGUGAUUGUUAUUGCACAUUAUUAGAAAGGAAAAAAAAAAAGCAUCAUGAUUGUAUGCUGCUCUAUCUGCUAAAUGACAAAGCUAUUUAGAAGGUAUUUUUUUCUUAUUUUGAAAAAAAAUAUUUUGCUAUAUGUAAAAAAAAAAAAAAAAAAAAAAAAAACCCCAGCUGUCAUCAAUACAUAAACAUUCUGGAAAUAGAGAGGUAUAUGUAUUUUUAAAUGUUCCUGUUUU